GGCUCGCGUCGUUGGUAGCGUGGUUCUCCUGUGGUUCCUCUCAUGGACACCAUACGCUACCGUGGCGCUGAUGGGGGUGUUUGGUUACCGACGCCAUAUCACUCCGCUGGCAACCAUGAUACCAGGGAUUUUCUGCAAGACAGCAGCCUGCCUGGAUCCGUUCAUCUAUUCAAUCAGCCAUCCGCAGUUCCGCGUGGCAAUCAAGAACUUUAAAAUAUCGCGCAUGUUCGCCAACAGAAGGAUUCAAAAGGAGGACGAAGCCCAAACGCCGCAGGGUGAGGCGUUCACAGUUCGUCAGGAGAGACACCAUCUGCUACUAUCACAGGCAUCCAGCAAGUCGGCGUAAGACUCCUGAAAACGCGGGUUCGAAUCCCGCCGCAGGAAAAACUUUAAUCGUGAUCUGUGUAGAGGGAUUCGGCUUUGUCUGGGUUCUAAAGUCAUGGCUGAAAGCGUUUUAGCCGGGAUCUAUGAACAGGCCGUGAGUUAUGAGAUGGCAUUUGCUCGUUUGGGUUUACAUGGCUCGAUAUAUGUAAAAGUUUCGGUCUAUGAGAUUAUGGAUAGGAAUGUGUUCAUUGUUAGUUAUAAGGCAUCACACGAAUAAGUCACAACACUGGAGAGUUGAUGUUGAUAGUUAGUUAUUUGUUUGGUUAGUGUCAAGUAACAUUAAUCGAUUAUAAAUGUCAGCAGAAUUAUUCAUAAGUGUCGCAUCUACAAUAAUCUUAAAUGUCAAAAUGAGCAGAUAAUCAUAUGUUCACCAGCCGCAAAAUGUUUCCAUCUCGCUGUUACUGUUGAUCAUUGCUUUUGCUGUUAUUGGAAUUUGUCUAAUUAGCUGUUCUUUACAACCCAAUACACAAUUCAUUUAGGCAUCACAAGAGCGGAAUGCCUGUCGAAAUAACUCCCAUCAGCACAUGCUGCUAUUCCAUGCAUUAUUAGGAAUGGAAACAGGUGACCCCAUGACUGGCAACCCAUUCUACUGCGGAGUAUGUCAAGAGUUGUAUUCUUGCUUCAUGUGGUAUGCCUUAAUCCAAACUGUGAAAUGUAACUGUAGCCUGAAAUUCGGAGUGCAAAAGAGAAAAUACACACAGUGAUGAGUGAACACUGCUUAGCACUCAUCGUCAAAACAA